AAUGAAAUAUAAAGUGCAAUUAUUGUUUAAAGUGAUCUAACUAACGUAUUUUUCAAUUAAUUUCUUUUCUUAAGGGUAUUGAUAUUUGCCAUAAAUACGAUCGCAAAGUUCGCCGAACUGAGCCCAAAUCCCAGGAUGUUUACCUGAGGCUUCUUGUUAAGUUGUACCGCUUCUUGCAGCGUCGUACCAACAAGAAAUUCAACAGAAUUGUUCUAAAACGUUUGUUUAUGAGCAAAAUCAAUCGGCCACCAAUGUCUCUGCAGCGUGUCAGCCGUUUGUUCAAGAAGGCCAACCAACCCGACUCGACUGUUGUCAUUGUCGGUUCCGUCACCAACGACUUGCGUCUUUUGACUGUUCCCAAGAUGACUGUCUGUGCUUUGCACAUCACCGAGAAGGCCCGCGAGCGUAUCUUGAAGGCUGGUGGUGAAGUUUUGACUUUCGAUCAAUUGGCCCUCAAGGCACCAACAGGCAAGAAGACUUUGUUGUUGCAAGGAAAGCGUACAGCACGUACUGCCAACAAGCACUUCGGCAAGGCACCUGGUGUACCACACUCACACACUCGCCCAUACGUACGAUCAAAGGGACGUAAGUUCGAACGUGCUCGUGGUCGCAGAAGUAGCUGUGGUUACAAGAAGUAAAAAGCUUUUAAGCCAAUUUUUGUUUUAUACUAGAAGACACUUAACAUGAGAAAUAAAAAUGAAAAGUGAACCAACAUUUUGGUUUAGAAAUUAAAUACAAA